AUGUCUAUGAUCACAGCGACAACGUGGGUGCCGCGUGGCUUCGCGGCACCGUUUCCUACCAAGUACCAGUUUGACGAGGACGAGUACGACCGCAUAUCCAAACUUGCGAAUUUACAACUCGAAGAUGCGAAAGAAGAGCUAGAAGAGGCGCAAGCUGAGGCUAAAGGCAAGAGCAACGGCACUUCAGGAAAGUCUGCAAAGAAGGAUGACGAGGACGACGACGACGACGACCUCAAAGAAUAUGACCUCGAGCACUACGAUGACGAGCAGGAUGAGGACGCAGGCGACACCAUGGCCAUGUUCGGCAAUGCCAAAAACCUGGUCUUUCACGAGAACGACGAGGAGGACCCCUACAUCACAAUGCAAGGCGGCGACGAAGAGGACGAUGAAGAGCGAGAGGAACUUCAAAUUCUAGCCACAGACAACCUGGUGCUGGCGGGCCGCAUCGAAGACGAAGUCGCCCACCUGGAAGUUUAUGUCUACGAAGACGAGGACGACAACCUCUACGUACACCACGACAUCAUGCUGCCCGCGAUUCCACUUGCCGUAGAGUGGCUCGACCUCCCAGUUGGAAAGGCUGCGCAGACGGCCAACGGCAAAGGCAACUUUGUUGCGAUUGGCACAAUGGACCCAGAUAUCGAAAUAUGGAAUCUGGAUGUUGUAGACAGCAUGUACCCAGACGCUGUGCUUGGACAAGGAGCCGAAGACGCAGCAAAUGGAAAGCCAAAGAAGAAAAAGAAGAAGUCUAAGAAGGUCAACGACGACUUCCAUGUCGAUGCUGUUUUAUCUCUAGCCGCCAACCGUCACCACAGGAAUCUGCUUGCCUCUUCGUCCGCGGAUAAGACGAUCAAGCUAUGGGAUUUGAACACGACCAAAGCUGCCAAGUCAUACUCGUACCACACAGACAAGGUUUCCUCGGUAGCAUGGCAUCCCGUCGAGUCUACGAUUCUUUUGAGCGGAAGUUACGAUCGGACCAUCGUGGCAGCGGACAUGCGCGCACCUGAUGCGAAAGCACCACGAUGGGGCGUCGAAAGUGACGUUGAGACUAUCCGGUGGAAUCCGCAUGAUCCAAACUACUUCUACGCCGCCACCGAAAACGGCAUGAUACAUUACCACGACACUCGCAACGCACCAGCAGACCCUGCGGCGUCCAAGCCUGUCUGGGUACUCCAGGCUCAUGACGAGUCUAUAUCCUCAUUCGACAUCAACCCAGUGAUCCCCGGCUAUCUGGUCACGGGAUCGACUGAUAAGCAAGUCAAGCUUUGGAACAUCCAAGCGAGCGGCCCGAGCAUGGUCGUGUCCCGCGAUCUUGGUGUAGGACGAGUCUUCUCGACGACAUUCGCUCCCGACCAGGAAGUGGGUUUCCGCCUAGCAGUCGCAGGUAGCAAAGGAGCUGUUCAGAUCUGGGAUACCAGCACGAACGCAGCGGUCCGCGCGGCUUUCGCCAGCAAGGUCCCCGAGAUCAAGGGAGACGGAAAGGAGCGUCUAGUGGGCUUGGACGAGCCAGAAACAGACUCGGAUACCGAGGAAGGUGAGAGCGACGACGGUGAAGAUGACGAAGGGGCCGAAGACAAAGGCUGGGAAUCGAUGGAGGAGUGA